UCAUUUGCUAUAGCCAUGUUUUUUGUGUUUUCCGCCGAUUUUCCGAUAUCGUGUCCCACGGUUUAUUAAUGCAACUUCAAGUAUACGAUGUUUUUUUUCCUAUUUUUUUACAUGGCGCGAGUGCGAGUUGUUGCGAUUUGAGAAGGGAUGACCAUGUCCACACUAAAGUUGCAUGCAUGGGCCGAAAAAAGAGAUCCGGUUACUUUGCAGCUCACCGCAUUAGUCGCAUACUAUAUAUUUUUUCUCGGAUGUAUAUCCACUUGUUUAGUUUUGGCUAACGUCUUUCCCAACAGAGACGAAAAUUGCCACAACGCGUCCUCGCUGCGUUUGCCGUCGAUCCGAUCGGACAGAUCGAGGUGGCCGGCGAUCGAUCGGAGAGCGCGCCGUGUUCAGCAACGCGGCCACGACAUUGGGCGGCGCAUCGUCAUGCCCGGGUCAGCCGCCUUAAUUUGAGGCAGGAUCGGUGUCAGUCGACGCCCGUCCAUCGGUGGAGAAUCCCGUGGUAACGGCACCGCGUGACCCAGCCUGCCGGCUUGCCAUGCAUGGCGCCGUGUUUCUUCUGUUCGUCGAAUCGCAGAUGGGAAGACGAAAUCGCUUCCUAGAGCACGUUUCCGGAACAUAGAUUCAACAUCGACGAGGAAUCUGGUUCUGCAUAGUUCGACUGUAAAACCGGGACAGAGAGAUAUAGAUCCAUGGCUGCACCUGCACGAGAAAACGUAGCCGAGCUCCCCCCAACGCCAUUGGCGACGCCCAUGUCGGCGAGGUCGGUGCGAUGGGACGUCGAGGACGGCGGCGCCGGGCUGGAGCGGCCUCUGCUGCGCCAGCGCGGCUCGAACACGACGUCGCAGAUGGCCGUCGUCGGCGUCAAUGUCUCACAUAUCGAGAGCCUCGACUACGAGAUUGUGGAGAACGAUGUGUACAAGCAGGACUGGAGAUCAAGGGGGAGAAUCCAGAUCUUCCAGUACCAGGUCAUGAAAUGGCUCCUGGCGCUGCUCGUCGGGUCGGCCGUUGGCAUGGUAGGGUUCUUCAGCAACAUCGCCGUCGAGAACAUCGCCGGCUUCAAGCUGCUCCUGACAAGCAACCUCAUGCUGCACAACAGGCACAUGGAGGCGUUCCUACUAUACAUGUUUUGCAACGCGGUGCUGGCCGCCACCGCCGCCGCAUUGUGCGCCUACCUUGCCCCCGCGGCGGCCGGCUCCGGCAUACCGGAGGUGAAGGCUUAUCUGAACGGCGUCGACGCGCACUCCAUCUUAGCGCCCAGCACCCUCUUCGUGAAGAUUGUUGGCUCCAUAUUUGGGGUGUCUGCUGGUUUUGUGCUGGGCAAGGAAGGGCCUAUGGUGCACACCGGCGCCUGCGUUGCCUCCUUGCUCGGCCAGGGCGGGUCUCGCAAGUAUGGCCUCACCUGGAAUUGGAUCAGGUACUUCAAGAACGACUUGGAUCGCAGGGAUCUCAUCACCUGCGGGGCUGCGGCAGGCGUCACCGCAGCAUUCCGUGCCCCAGUUGGUGGCGUCCUCUUCGCGCUUGAAGAAGCAGCAUCCUGGUGGCGGAGCGCGCUUCUGUGGAGGACGUUCUCCACGACGGCGGUGGCAGCAAUGGUGCUGCGGUCGCUGAUAGAGUACUGCCGCAGCGGCAACUGCGGCCUGUUCGGCAAAGGGGGCCUGAUCAUGUUCGACGUCAGCUCACGCGUGACGGCGUACACCGCCACGGACAUCGCCGCCGUCAUACUGCUCGGCAUCCUCGGUGGGCUCCUCGGAGCUCUCUUCAACUUCCUCCUCGGCUGGAUUCUUCGCACAUACGGCAUCAUCAACGAGAAGGGCGCGCCGUUCAAGAUCAUUCUGACAGUGGCUAUCUCGCUCGUAACCUCCUGCUGCUCCUUCGGCCUGCCAUGGCUGUCGCCGUGCACCCCUUGCCCGCCCGAGCUCCCCGCCAGCCGGUGCCCGACGAUCGGCCGGUCUGGCAACUUCAAGAAGUUCUCGUGCCCCGCGGGCCACUACAACGCGCUGGCCUCGCUGUUCCUCAACACCAACGACGACGCCAUCCGCAACCUCUUCAGCGGGGGAACCGACAGCGAGUUCGGCGUCACCACGCUGCUCACCUUCUUCGUGGCCGUCUACUCCCUGGGCCUGGUCACCUACGGCGUGGCCGUUCCCUCCGGCCUCUUCAUCCCCGUGAUCCUCUCGGGCGCCUCGCUGGGCCGGAUGCUCGGCAAGCUUCUGGGUUCCCUCACGGGGCUCGACACGGGCCUCUUCGCGCUCCUCGGCGCCGCGUCGUUCCUCGGCGGCACGAUGCGGAUGACGGUGUCGGUGUGCGUGAUCCUGCUGGAGCUCACCAACGACCUGUUGCUUCUGCCGCUCAUCAUGCUUGUGCUGCUCAUCGCCAAGACGGUGGCCGACUGCUUCAACAAGGGCGUCUACGACCAGAUCGUGCGCAUGAAGGGGCUGCCGUUCCUCGAGGUGCACGGCGACGCGUGCAUGAGGAGCCUCGUGGCCGGGGACGUGGUGUCGGGCCCCCCGAUCACCUUCUCCAGCGUGGAGCGCGUCGGGUCCGUGGUGCACACGCUGCGGCGGACGGGGCACAACGGGUUCCCCGUGCUCGAGGACGAGCCGUUCGCGCCGGCGCCAGAGCUGUGCGGGCUCGUGCUGCGGUCGCACCUCAUCGUGCUGCUCCAGGGACGGAUCUUCACCCGGGACCGCGUCAAGACGGGCGCCGCCGAGGUGUUCCGGAAGCUCGCCCCGUUCGACUUCGCCAAGGCCGGGUCCGGGAACGGGCUCAAGGUGGACGACCUGGGCAUCACCGAGGAGGAGAUGGAGAUGUACAUGGACCUCCAUCCAAUCACCAACAGGUCGCCGUACACCGUCGUCGAGAACAUGUCGCUGGCCAAGGCCGCCGUGCUCUUCCGCGACCUCGGCCUCCGCCACAUGUGCGUCGUGCCCAGGACGCCAGGGAGGCCGCCCGUGCUGGGGAUCCUGACGCGGCACGACUUCAUGCCGCAGUACAUACGCGGGCUGUUCCAGAACGUCCUCCGCGAGUAGAGGUGGUCGAUCAAGAUUGUUUUCGGAUAAAUUUACGUUAAUGUUUGUUACGUUAGUUUAGGGAAAUUUGUUAGUUUGUUAGGCUGAUUAAUUAGCACCCUGCGGAGACGUGGUGUGUGUCGUACGUCCUGCAGCUCGUCGAUAAUGCCGAUUAUUUAUUAUUUCCAAAUAAUUUUAUUAGACUUGGAUGCCUGAUCUUGGUCGGUUGGCAAUGUCAACUCCGUCGUUAUCGAUC